UCCUUCCCAGAGUGCAAGGAAAAAAAGGGGAGAAAGUGAGAAAGAUGGGUGAUAAGCCUCAUGUUGUCUGUAUCCCAUUUCCAGCUCAAUGCCACAUAAAGCCAAUGCUGAAACUAGCGAAAUUGCUUCACUACAGAGGCUUUCACAUAACCUUUGUCAACACUGAGUUCAACCAUAAGCGCUUGUUGAGAUCAAGAGGCCCUCAUGCCCUGGAUGGCAUGCCUGGCUUCUGCUUUGAAUCCAUCCCUGAUGGUUUACCCCCUGUUGAUGCUGAUGCCACUCAGCACAUCCCUUCUCUCUGUGAAUCGACCCGAAAAAGCUGUUUGAUCCCAUUUCAGCAACUUAUUGCCAAGCUCAAUGAUGCUCCCUCCUCCAAUGUCCCACCAGUGACUUGUAUCGUUUCUGAUGGGUCCAUGUGCUUCACUCUCAAAGCAUCUGAAGAACUUGGGAUUCCAAAUGUACUUUUCUGGACUACUAGUGCUUGUGGCUUCAUGGCCUACAAGCAGUUUCGCCCUCUUAUUGAUGGAGGUCUUGUCCCACUAAAAGAUUUGAGCUAUCUCACAAAUGGGUAUUUGGAGACCAUCAUAGACUGGGUUCCAGGAAUGAAAAAUAUGCGCCUGAGAGAUUUUCCCAACUUUAUCCGAACCAGAGAUCCAAGUGAUCACUUUAUGUUAGACUUUAUUAUGGGAAAAGAAUCAAGGAUCCCUGCUUCCAAGGCUUCAGGCCUGAUUCUCAAUACUUUCCAUGCCUUGGAGCAUGAUGUUCUCAACCCUUUAUCAUCAAUGUUCCCUACAAUUUGUACCGUUGGUCCUCUUCCAUUGCUUCUCAAUCACAUUCCAGAUGACAAAUCUAUUGGAUCUAAUCUAUGGAGGGAAGAGACUGAGUGCCUCCAAUGGCUUAAUUCAAAGCAACCUAACUCAGUGGUUUAUGUGAAUUUCGGAAGCAUCACAGUCAUGGCACCUGAACAACUGGUUGAAUUCGCUUGGGGGCUGGCUAACAGCCACAAACCCUUUUUGUGGAUCAUAAGGCCUGAUCUAGUCGUGGGUGAUUCUGUCAUUCUGCCACCAGAGUUUGUCACUGAAACCAAACAAAGAGGCCUACUGGCGGACUGGUGCCCGCAAGAGAAAGUGCUCAACCACCCAUCAGUUGGAGGGUUCUUAACGAAUAGCGGAUGGAAUUCAACCAUUGAAAGCAUUUGCGCUGGUGUUCCCAUGAUUUGUUGGCCGUUCUUUGCUGAGCAACAGACUAAUUGUAGGUAUGCUUGCACAGAAUGGGGCGUUGGGAUGGAGAUUGACAACAAUGUUGAGAGAGAUGAAGUGGGGAAGCUUGUGAAAGAGCUAAUGGAAGGAGAGAAAGGCAAGAGUAUGAAGAAAGCAGCAAUGGAAUGGAGGACGAAGGCAGAAGAAGCCACAGCCCCAUGUGGUUCCUCAUACCUGAAUUUGGACAAAUUGGUGGACAUACUGCUUACAAAACCAUAAGUUAGCAAGCUUAAUUUGUUUAUUUCUGUUAUAGGAGUUGGUCAUUUCUUACAAUGAAAUCCCUGUGCCUCUAAAUAAAGCCCGUUAAAUUUGUUAUAAAUCUUGUUGUAGUUUUAAGUAUGUCAAAAUAAACACCCUGGAGCAUGGUCGUUUCUAUC